AAUUAAAUGACAUUAUCGAAAGUGCUGAUGAGAACUUACAAAUGCAUUUACACUGAGGACGAGCACGUCGGUCAAGGUUCGAACACAUUAUUAGGCUGCUACUUUGAAUGUGCAUGGUCUAACUAUGGCAAUACCAAUAGCAAUACUGGAUUGUGAUUUGUUGCUUCAUGGAAGAGGACACAAAACACUGGACAGAUUUGACAUUGCCACUGUUUCAGACGAGUUCCUUUUGUCAACAUUUGGCUUCCCCCGAGAGUUCAUUUACUACUUGGUGGAACUGCUGAGGGACAGCUUGACCAGACGUACACAGAGGUCAAGAGCCAUCAGUCCGGAUGUACAGGUCCUUGCAGCGCUGGGAUUUUACACAUCUGGGUUUUUCCAGAGCAAGAUGGGAGAUGCCAUAGGCAUCAGUCAAGCGUCCAUGAGUCGCUGUGUCACUAAUGUUACAAAAGCACUGAUUGAGAAGGCAGAAGAGUUCAUCGGUUUCAACAGAGACGAGGCCACCAAACAGCAGUCCAAAGAGGAGUUUUACAGGGUCGCUGGAAUCCCCAAUGUCAUCGGUGUUGUAGACUGUGCCCACAUAGCCAUCAAAGCCCCCAAUGCUGAGGACGCCUCUUAUGUCAAUAAGAGAGGUUUCCAUUCAAUAAACUGUCAGUUUGUAUGUGAUGCAAGGGGGCUUUUGCUUUGUGCUGAGACCCAUUGGCCUGGAAGUCUGCAGGAUGAAGCCAUAUUUAAGCAGUCCUCUGUCCUAAAGUAUUUUUCAGAACAAGAGAUCCAUGAAGGGUGGUUGUUAGGGGACAACUGCUACCCUCUGAAGAAGUGGCUAAUGACACCUGUCCAGAACCCAGAGGCUCCAUCUGAGUACCGCUACAACCUCGCCCACACCAACACACAUGAGAUUGUGGAUCGCACCUUCAGAGCAAUUCAAACUCGCUUCCGUUGCCUGGAUGGAUCCAAAGGCUACCUCCAGUACUCUCCUGAAAAGUGCUCAAACAUCAUCUUGGCGUGCUGCGUGCUUCACAAUGUGUCUCUUCAGUCGGGACUAGAUGCUUGGACCUUCGAGAGGACAGAAGCUCCGGAACAGUCUGAUGAGGUUACAGAAAGUCCAGAGACUUCUGACCCCGAGGCACACAGGAUACGCCAGGAACUCAUUCUGAAUCACUUCAGCUGAACAUGUGGCACUGUGCAAACAUGAAGCACUCGAAGGGCUAUUGUGCUGGGUCUACUUGCAGAUGGAGAGUUAUAGUACUGUCUCUCUAGGGAACAAUUGUAACCAAGUGUAGGCAUGUCUAAUAUAAAGGCAUGGCAUUGACGGCAGAAGUGUACCAUUCUGUCUGUCUUUAGAAGUUGACUCUGUGGAACACUCAGACGUGCAUUGGUGCAGAAGAGAAUCUAAUUAUGUUCAGGGACAACAGGAAUGAAUGCGGGUCAAUGCUACUUUUAUUUUUGUGAUUAUGUUAAAUAAAUCCUCUUUUACAUUCA